AUGGACAGCCUCCAGGAAACAGGGCCCCCGGCCCAUGGGUGCUGCCGCCCUGCCCUCCGCAGGCUGUUCCCUGUGGGCUUUGGGGCUGAGGCACGAAAGCUCUUUGUCCUUUCUGGACCUCUGUUCCUGUUCCAGAUGCUGACCUUCCUGAUCUACGUGGUGAGCACGGUGUUCUGUGGGCACUUGGGCAAGGUGGAACUGGCAUCCGUGACGCUCGCGGUGGCCUUUGUCAAUGUCUGCGGUGUUUCCGUGGGAUUUGGCUUGGCCUCGGCAUGUGACACCUUGAUGUCCCAGAGCUUCGGCAGCCAGAACAAGAAGCACGUGGGAGUCAUCCUGCAGAGGGGUACGCUUAUUUUACUCCUCUCCUGCUUCCCCUGCUGGGCGCUCUACCUCAACACCGAGCAGCUCCUGCUGCUCCUCCGGCAGGACCCGGCCGUGUCCAGGUUAACUCAGGACUACGUGAUGAUUUUCAUCCCAGCACUUCCAGCAAUUUUUCUCUACUGUCUGCUGGCAAAAUAUUUGCAAAAUCAGGGGAUCAUCUGGCCUGAAGUCCUCAGUGGCAUUGUGGGGAACUGUGUCAACGGCUUGGCCAACUACGCCCUGGUUUCUGUGCUGAACUUGGGGGUCAGGGGCUCUGCUUAUGCCAACACCAUCUCCCAGUACAUGCAGACCAUCUUCCUCUUCUUCUACAUCGUGCUCAAGAAGCUGCACCUGGAGACAUGGGCAGGCUGGUCCAGCCAGUGCCUGCAGGACUGGGGCUCCUUCUUCUCUCUGGCCAUCCCCAGCAUGCUCAUGAUGUGCAUCGAGUGGUGGGCCUAUGAGAUCGGGAGCUUCCUCAUGGGCCUGCUCAGCGUGCUGGACCUUUCUGCCCAGGCGGUCAUCUACGAGGUGGCCACGGUGACAUACAUGAUUCCCAUGGGGCUCAGCAUCGCAGUCUGUGUCCGAGUGGGGACAGCUCUGGGAGCUUUAGACACUGUGCAAGCAAAGCGGUCGGCCAUCUCAGGUGUGCUCUGCACAGUUGCCAGUUCCCUGGUUGUGGGCACCCUGUUGAGCAUCCUGAAAAAUAAACUGGGGCAUAUUUUUACCAAUGACGAAGAAGUCAUUGCCCUUGUGAACCAGGUCUUGCCAAUUUACAUCAUCUUUCAGCUCUUUGAAGCCAUCUGUUGUGUCUAUGGUGGAAUACUAAGAGGCACCGGGAAGCAGGCCUUUGGAGCCAUUGUGAAUUUGAUCAUGUAUUAUGUCAUCGCCCUCCCACUGGGAGCCGUUCUGACCUUUGUGGUUAGAAUGAGGAUAAUGGGCCUCUGGCUGGGCAUGUUUGCCUGUGCCCUCCUGGCAGCUGCUGCCUUUGUUGCCUACACUGCCCAGAUUAACUGGAAGUUAGCUGCAGAGGAGGCUCAGAAACAUGCAGGCCUGCAGCAGCAGGAGGCACAGUGCACAGUCCCCAGACCUGGGCCAGAGAAGGUGGUUGUAUCUUCAGUGGCUAUGGGCGGCUCCCCUGGCAUCACCUUGACAACAUAUUCAAGACCUGAGUACCAAAUGGACCUCUUCAGGAUGCCAGAAACAGCCCUCGGCCUUUCGGUUUCUGCCAACAUGUUGUCAGUAAAACAGCUGGCCGUCCGCCGAGGGGCUGCUCUGGGGGCAGCAUCAGCCACACUGAUCCUGGGGCUUGUUGUCAGGGUCCUGACCACCAGUCACUAGCAAGGCAGCUUGGACUGCCCCCACCACACACACGGGUCUGCCAAUGUGUGGACACUGAGGACAGCUCCUCAUAAGAGCUUCAGGACACAUGAGGGCAUCUGAACUGCAGACUGACAAUUCUCUUGUGGUCAA